CGAAUCCUCUCGGUGGAGGGGUGGGGACAGCUCUGUCCCCCUGUCCUGAGCGGGGACUGUCCCCAAGGCAGCCAGGCGGAGGCGGAGGCCAUGGAGAAGGAGCUGCUGGAGGAUUAUCGCUUCGGGCGGCAGCAGCUGAUCGAGAUCUGGGGACACGCCUGUGCCGUGGCUGUCACCAAGGCGUUCCCGCUGCGCUCCCUGCGGCGCAGGCAGCCCACGCUGCUGGUGGCGUGCGGGCCGGCGCAGAACGGGGCCGUGGGGCUGGUGUGCGCCCGCCACCUGCGCAGCUUUGAUUACGAGCCCACCAUCUUCUACCCCAAGCGCUCCCCGGACCCGCUGCACCGCGACUUCACCACGCAGUGCGAGAAGAUGGACAUCCCCUUCCUGUCCUACCUGCCCACCGAGGUGCAGCUCAUCGACGACGCCUACAACGCCGUGGUGGACGCGGUGCUGGGAGCCGAGGGGACGCCGGGCACGGAGGGGACGGAGCCCUGCGCCGCCAUCCUGGCCACCCUCAGGCACGUCCGCAUCCCCAUCGUCAGCCUGGACGUCCCCUCAGGCUGGGUGGCCGGCGCGCUCGGUGGCAGCGGUGACAUCAGCCCGGACGUGCUGGUGUCGCUGGCGGCGCCCAAGGAGGCGGCGCGGCGCUUCCGGGGACGGCGACAUUUCCUGGCCGGGCGCUUCGUGCCCGAGGAGCUGCGCAGGAAAUUCGGGCUCAGCCCCCCCGAGUACCCGGGCAGCGACUGCGUGGUGGCCCUGUGACCCCAAAUUAACCCCUGUGACCCCAAAUUAACCCCUGUGACCCCAAAAACACCCCCGGGACCCCAAAUAAAUCCCUGGGACCCCAAAACCACCCCCGGGACCCCAAAUAAAGCCCCGUGACCCCAAAUAAAUCCCUGGGACCCCAAAGAAACUCCUGUGACCCCAAAUAAAGCCCCCAGGACCCCAAAUAAAGCCCUGGGACCCCCAAAAUCCUCUGGCACUCCAAAAACCCCCUGGGACCCCAAAUAAAUCCCUGCUGCUGGCUCUGUGACCCCAAAAACUUCUGGGAACCUGAAAACCCUGGGACCCCAAAAACCCCUGAGACCCCAAAUAAAGCCCUGUGACCUCAAAAAUCCUCUGGGACCCCAAAAAACUCCUGUGACCCCAAAUAAAUCCCUGCUGGUGACCCUGGGACCUCAAAUAAACUCCU